UUGCCAUCAUUCCAGGAAGUUUUUUUUAAGUUCGCUGUUUCCUGUACCUACGCCACCUUGCUUACCUUACAUUGUUGCCGUCGAUCUUACUUUUUCAUUAAAAACUUGGCUUAAAACAAAUAUUUAUCCACCUGUAUUGAGGUUUAUGUAGGAUUAAACGCGGAUCAUGAGUUUCUUGUACCUGAGAGGUGCUUUGUUUUUCACCUUAGUACCUGUAGUGCUGAAUCUGCGCGUUCUGGAUGAUGGUCUUUCUCUAAACUGUACACAAGAGGAAGUACAGUGUCAAGCAAACAUUAAUAACUGCAUGUAUGAUGGAUGGCUCAAGCCUUCAGAUUUCACUCCUAGUGGGCCAGAUGAUUUAACAGUUGGUAUUGAUGUAAGAAAUAAUACGAAAGGUGAUUUGGAGCCAGUGAUUGUGGCGGAAUGGAAAGCAAAGGAUGACGGGAGCAUCAUUUUUUUGAAUGGAACAGAGUUUAGUGUGAUGAAGUCAUCUACCAAUGAACACCUGUGUGUGCAUUACAUGUUCCUCCAAAAAUUUAAGACCAUGAGAAAAACUGAUGGUGAAAAGUGGUCUUUUUCUCUGGAUAAAGUUGUGGUAGAUCCAGGCAGCACAUAUCUAGUGACAGUCUCCAACCUUCCCAAGCCGAAUUUACAGCACACCAGUUACAACAUAAACAGAAGUGUUGUUGUUCGAGGUUGUGAAGAUCCUUUGAUGCGACAAACUAAAAUCUGUUUGGAGAGAGGGGAGACAUGGCAUCCCGAUAUUACGUUGGAGAAAUCCAAAGGUUUAGAUGACAAGGAUGUUCUGCUUGUUGCAUUUAAACCAGGAGAGAACGCACAAAAAUACAACGUGUUUGUGAAGUGCAAAAGGGACAACCAAAUGCAGACUGUUUAUAACAAGGGCAAGACAAUACUAAAUUUGACAUAUGACCUGGAGCACUGGCCAGUUACAUGCUGCCGUUUUGAUGUUCAGAUCCAGCCAUUUUUCCUAAGGUGUGCCAAUGACUGUCUUCGAAAGAAUGAGAAUUUUAACAUAUGCUCAACUGAAUCGCCACCUCUUUCUGAGAAAAACACAAUAUUUUGGAUCAUUUGUGUUGGUUUAUGCCUCCUUAUUUGUGGCAUCAGCUUUUGUGCCAUUUAUUUGUGCUGCAGGAAACCAAAGAAAGGUCCAGAAAUGCCAGCAAAAGACCAUGUUGAGCAGCAUGUACUAAGUGGCUCACGAUCUGUACUGAUCAUCUACUCCAGAGAUCAUCCCCUAUACACAGACAUAGUGCUGAAGCUCUGUGCCUUUCUGCGGGCCAAAUGUGGUACUGAGGUUGUGCUGGACCUACUUGACACUGCUUGGCUAGGCACUAUUGGCCAGCUACCAUGGAUUGAACAACAAAAGCGACGUAUUGAGCAGUCUUCAGACAAGAUCCUGGUCCUCUGCUCCCGAGGAGUGCAGGCCAAGUGGGGGGCCAUCUGUGGCGAGCCUCCAAUUCUUUUAAGGGAAGAUGUGCGCUCUCCAGAGGGUGACAUGCUAACCCUCGCCCUUCAGCUGAUUACACCUGAUAUGCAGCGUCCGGCUUCCUACGGGAAGUAUUUGGUGGCAUACUUUGAUGACAUAAGCAGCGAAGGUGAUGUGCCAUCCAUGUUUGACAUUGCAGUCAAGUACAAGCUGAUGAAGCAUUUCGAAGAGCUCUACUUCCGAAUCCUUGAUAUGGAGAAAUAUCAACAGGGGAUGGUGCAUUGUAUUGAAGGUAUCGGCAAGGAUGAGUACUUUUGUUGCCCCUCAGGCAAGGCCUUGAGGGAUGCAAUAGAAACCUUCCAGGCCUAUCAAAUAGAGAAUCCAGACUGGUUUGAUAAAGAGUGCGUAAACAGCGAAGAGGAGGUGAGAGGAGAAACCAGCACACUUCUUGAGGUUCCCAUGCCACCAAUCUAUGAGUUACAACCGUUGUGUAAUGACGGACUCCAAAUCUUUGUGAACGAGGUGGAAAUCCAUCAAGAGUCUCAGAGUGUUUGUGCCGUAAUACCCCAAAUUCACGACAAGCCCGAGGAGUCUUCUGUGAUGAUUGUUAAACCCAGGGUCCAACCAGAGCACAGCUCAGUACUUUCUCUUCACCCAACAGUGGUACCCCCUCUUAAAACAUCCACAGUUGGUAUGAUACCAGUUGGCCCAGAAAGCUACCCUUAUCUGCUUGUAGAACCUAUACCAGUGCAACUCACACAUCCUUCAACUGAGUCAAGAUGGAAUGAAGUGUUUCCAAUGGGAGAACCUUCAGAUAAUUGUCUGACAGCAAGCAAUGAAGACCAGACUCAAGCAUCCUUUUCCAUGCCUUCUGAAAAUGCUGUCCAACAACUGGUGGCCCUGCAGCGUUUUUUGACUCCUUUUGAGAUCAUAGCACCUCCUCCCUCGGUGGAAGAUAACUUCCUUCUUGACCAGGAGAUGGACAUGUCUCAGCCAGUUGAGAUGGACGAAACUGAAAUGGAGGGAGCCUCUGAGACAAGACCAUCACGAGGGUCAGAUCAGGGAUACAGUUCCAGGUAUUCCAUUGUAAGGGGAGAGCCCCAAGUCUCCACGGUGCCCAAGAAGGAAGAACUGUCUUCUCUAGCCAAGUUGCAAAUGGAUCUCUACCUGAACAGCCCAGUCUCUUCGGGUUUUUGCACUCAAACGAUAGAGAACGGAUUUUGACUGUGUUAAUCAGCUUCACCAGAAAGACCAUGGGUGACCAGCAUUUUUUGCUUGUCAACAGCAUGGCUAUGCUGGUCCACCAGGUAGACCAUUACCAAACCAGCCUGGACCUUCAUGGAAAUCCAUGAUUUUCCAAGAUAGUCUUUUUCAGCAGGCCAUUGUCUGAUUUGCCAUGUGCCAUAUUAUUCAAAGCUUGGAAGAAUAUUCUUGUACAAUCCAUGGUUUGUUGAAGUCAUCCCUGCUAAAUGCGAAGUCACAUUUACAUUCACACUGUGAAAUUUCUGCGGGCGAAAUACAGUCAUCUCAAUGGGAUUCCACGCAAAAGUGAAUUUCUUGAGAUGGACAUCCAGUGGCAAAUAAUUUCCCCUUGCUAUUUUGCGUUAAGUUCAUGUUUGGUGAACUUUGACAGAUGACUUUGCCACAUUGACCAAUAUAAAGUUGCUUGGUUUGGCAGUGGCCUCUGUGUGGGCAGUGCUUCCUACAUGGCUACACUGAAUAUUCACAAUAGAUAAGGAUAUCAUUUUAGCGGUGAGCAUCUUUUUAAGCUUCACUCUCCCAGAGUAAAAAGUGCAGCAUUAAAAAGAGGCUGUUCGGUUUUUGCUGGUUUUGACGCACUCAGCAUCCGCCCACACCUUCUUCACCCGCUAAAUUUCACUGUGCAGAGGUAAAUGCGACUACGCCUAAAGACAUAAACUAUUUGUAUGUCAGUGUCACUGGAGAAUAUCAUCAGGCAUUUGUCAUGACAAUUAGCAACAGGAAACAGACCAAAUGAAUAAUAUUCCAGACAUGAUUAUGAGGUAAAUGAUCAACUGUUUUAUAAAUGAGGUCAAGGAACAAUGCUAACCAAUUUAUCCAUCUGAUUUGCAAGCUUGCAGCUUUAUCACAACCUCAGGAACAGGAAUUAGUGUGCCAGUACUUGCUUCAAACAACAAUUUUUGCCAAGCCAAUGUAGAUAUUUAUCACCAGUAAUUACACAUUAGCACAAGGGUGUAAUAAGUUCACUUUUACUGUGGAGAAGAACAAGUGCCUUGUUAAUAAGCUUGAUGUAGAACAGCACAGCACAGCACACAAUUUUUAAGCUGAUGUUUACCUCCUGAACACAAUUAAAAGUAAAUUGAUUGGGCCUGUAAUGUUACAUUUGUUAUGUGUUGUAUCAUACUGCACUAGAAUUGUUUUUGUAUUUGUAGUUUAUUAAUGUUUAUCAUCUAUCAUAACCCUCUACUAUAUGGGGCCUUGUAUAUAAUGUUAGUUGAGUUGGCCUACAUUUCAGAAUUCAUAAAGCAGCAUUUUUCUUUGGUAAUUAUCUGUUAUGUGCUUUUACUCAACAAUUUUUGUAAAUCUUUGUCAAUAAGAAUUACUUCAUUUGUACUUAAUUUCAUCCAGCUUUGGACCUUUAACUAUACUGUAUAUAUAGUGCGCGCGCGUGUGUUUGUGUAUACAGUAUACACACAAAUUAUAGCAGGAUACAUUGAGACUGUUACAGUGCAAGUCUUAUGUAAACAUAACAGUGACACAACUUGCAAAUUAAAGCCCUUGUAAUAAAA